UAGCUAGAUAGUCUAAUGGCGGUGAACAGCAGGGAGGAGGAGGCCGAGAUGAACCUAGAGCUCACCCUCUGCUACACCCCUCCGCCGCCGCCGCCCUUCGUCGGAUUCUUCUUCUGCAUGUACUGCGACCGCAAGUUCCACAGCUCGCAGGCGCUCGGCGGCCACCAGAACGCGCACAAGCUCGAGCGCAGCCAGGCCAAGCUCCGGCGGGAGGCCAUCGCCGCCGAGAUCCUGGCGCACCGUGCGGUCGUCCUCCAGGCGGGGGCGGCUGCGAACCACGACGGCGGCUACGGCGCCGGGUCCGAUCCCCUUCCAGCAGCUCAGAAGGUGAGGGCGGAGGAGGUGCAGCGGGGCGCCGCCGCCUCUGCUCCCGAGUUCGGUGGCUUCGCGCGCGGCGAGAGCUCGCCGGAGUACGGCGUCCAGCAAGCCCACGGCCAGGACUUGUCUCUCAGGCUGUAACCAUCGUCCUGUUGUUUGACAGGUAAGUUGAAACUUAUAGGCUGUUCAGAUUGAUGCCAUUUUCAACCAUAAAAAAUGUUUACGUUUAGUUUGUUAUCAAAUUUGGUAAAUAUAGAAGAAAUCCUGCUAAAAUUUUAGCAAUAUUGUCAUCUUGCCAAAUGCCAAAAUUUAGUAAGGUUUGUUUUGGCUACAAUCUGAACAGGCCCCUAAUAACUAGCUAGUUUUCCUCCCAAAUUGCGUCUACGUAAAGAAUGUGUUUUUUUUAGUGAUGCUGUGUGCUUGUGUGCUUGAUAUAUAUUUAUCAAUCGGUGUUUCAUUCUUCUAUAGUUGAGUUCACAGACGGAUAUGGUCUAGCUCUGUUGUUGUUUUUUUUUUUGUUCUCAAUUAGCCAAUUAAUUUUGGCAUGUGAUAUGUAAUUCA